UUUGACAACUUUUGUGCCAGUUUAGAGUUCUCUUGCAGUUAAAAAGUUCAGUCGACAUUUGAUAUGUCGGGCAAUUAUAGCAGUCACAGCACCAGCUCCCGGAUGUCCAUGGGAGAUGGCAGCUGGAUUAGCUGGUUCCUGAAUCUCCAGGGGAAUGAGUUCCUGUGCCGCGUUCCCCACGAAUAUUUGCAGGACAAGUUCAACCUAACGGGAUUGGAGAACAGCGUGCCGAACUACUCCCAGGCUCUGGGUGUGCUGAUGGAUCUCGAGUUUGAUAGCAAAUGCUGGGACAACUCGAUAGAUUCCCAUAGCGCGGAGCUGCUGUACGGGUUGAUCCAUGCCCGAUACAUCUUGACUCCGCUAGGCGUUGACGAUAUGCUCUUCAAGUAUGAGCGCGGAGAGUUUGGAUCCUGCCCGAGGGUCUAUUGCAAGGGUCAGCGAGUUCUGCCGGUGGGCCUCAGCGACCAGGUUGGUCAGUCACACGUUAAGGUCUACUGUCCGAGGUGUCAUGACAUUUUCCAGCCGAGAUCACGCUGUGCUAUGCUGGAUGGAGCCAUGUUCGGCACCGGCUUUCCACACAUGUUCUUAAUGCAGUUGCCGGCAUUAAGACCACAACCACCCAAGGAGAAGUAUGUUGCACGUCUGUAUGGCUUCCAGUUGCAUAAGAAGGCUCUUGUGCCGUCCAUUUCGCCGGAACGCAAGGUACCUACCUCCGCCGCCACUACCACCAACACUACCAACACCGCAUCUGUUGCAGGUAGCUCAUCGAUGAGUAUGCCAUCCUCAGUGCCCAGUCGUUCUAUGAGGCGUCUGAACAUAUAAACUCCUAUAUGUUUAUAAUAUAAACUGUCACUUAGUCCAUGUAUAUCACACACUGUCCCACACUGUCUCACACAGUACACGGAAAGCACAAACAAAUAUGUUCACUUGUUUUUUGUUAUUGUUGACCGCAAUAAAGAUCCUGGUGUAGUGGGUUGAUAAAGCCAGAUGUACACCAGCCACACUCCCUAGUUAAGUAAACAAAUGAUCCUGGCUAUAUCAACCCACUUAAUGAAGCAUG